AUGACCAAAAGCAGCGGGGAUAACCCACGGUCCCGGAGCAGAGUACAGCAAAUCAGGGAGGGUAUCCACCUGAGGUCUCUAAAGGCCAAGAAGAAAGUUGAGGACAUAACCAAGGAUGACGUCAAAACCUUCUUGAAGAAGAAUGCUUUCGUCCUCUUCACCGUCGGAGCCGUUGUCAUUGGUAUCAUGUUGGGAUUUGCCCUUCGGCCCUACAAGAUGUCCUACAGAGAGGUGAAGUACUUUGCCUUCCCUGGAGAGCUUUUAAUGCGUAUGCUGCAGAUGCUGGUGCUCCCCCUACUGGUGUCUAGUCUGAUUACAGGCAUGGCAGCCCUGGACAGUCGGGCAUCGGGCAAGAUGGGCAUGAGGGCGGUGAUUUACUACAUGACGACCACGUUCAUUGCCGUCUUCAUUGGCAUCAUUAUGGUCCUCAUCAUCCACCCGGGAAAGGGCUCCAAAGACGAAUUCACUAAACAGCAAAAGAUCGAACAAGUCAGUCCAGCUGACGCCUUCCUCGAUCUGAUCAGAAACAUGUUUCCUCCAAAUUUGGUUCAGGCUUGUACACAGCAGUUCAAGACCCAGUAUGGGAAGAGGGUGAUUCAAGUGAAGAUGAUAGUGAACGACAGCAUUUUCAACCUAACCAAUGCCACCCAGGAGAUUACCCAAGAAGAGAUUGUCCCAGUAUCAGGAACUGUGAACGGUGUCAACGCCCUGGGGCUCGUAGUCUUCUCAAUGUGCUUUGGCCUGAUUAUUGGCAAUAUGAAGGAGCAAGGCCAAGCUCUGAAGGAGUUCUUUGACUCUCUGAACGAGGCCAUCAUGAGAUUGGUUGCCAUCAUCAUGUGGUACGCACCCAUCGGUAUCCUGUUCUUGAUCGCCGGGAAGAUUGUGGAGAUGGACGACAUCACGGAGAUGGGCGGUCAGCUGGGCAUGUACACCAUUACCGUAAUCAUUGGUCUCCUCAUCCACGGCAUCGUAGUCCUGCCCACCCUCUACUUUGUCAUCACACGGAAAAACCCUUUCAUCUUCAUCACCGGGCUGCUCCAGGCUCUCAUCACUGCUCUGGGAACAUCUUCCAGUUCAGCUACUUUGCCCAUAACCUUCAAAUGCUUGGAGGAGAACAACAAGGUCGAUAAAAGAGUGACUCGCUUCGUGUUGCCGGUGGGUGCUACCAUUAACAUGGAUGGAACAGCGUUGUAUGAAGCACUAGCCGCAAUCUUCAUCGCCCAGGUUAAUAACAUGGACAUGAACUUUGGCCAGAUUAUCACAAUUAGCAUCACAGCAACCGCUGCCAGUAUUGGAGCUGCAGGAAUCCCCCAAGCUGGACUGGUCACCAUGGUGAUAGUGCUGACCUCGGUCGGACUUCCAACGGAUGAUAUUACCCUCAUCAUUGCUGUCGAUUGGUUCCUUGACCGACUGCGCACAACGACCAACGUGCUGGGAGAUUCGAUAGGGGCAGGUAUAGUGGAGUUCCUGUCCAAAGACGAGCUGGAGAACAGGGAUCUCGAGAUGGGCAACUCCGUCGUGGAAGAGAACGAAAUGAAGAAGCCCUAUCAGCUGAUUGCUCAGGAGAACGAAUACGAGAACGAGAAACCACCAGUUGGCGAAACUAAGAUGUAG